AAAAAUAAGAGCACAAGCAGCGCCGCUACGCGUCCGCUAGCGGAAGUAAAUCGUAAACAGACGUGGAGGCGAUCGUGGUUGAGCGGCGGCCCUGCUACCGUGAUUUCCUUCGACAUCGAAACAAACUGCCAGAAUCGGCGCAAGGUUGCGUUGAUCUGGCUGGCCGACGAGGCAACGUCCAAGAACACCGCUGGACCCGCGCUGGCAGCGAGACACGGGCGGGGAGGCAACAUCUGAACUUACCAUGCAAAAGCCUGGAGGUGACAGGACCCCCAAAGCACUUCUACGACACUAGUUCUUCACCUUAGUCUUGCAAUUGGGUAUGGGACCAGACUGAUGCCAGUCAUGUCUGCGAAGGCCAAAGACGUGCCCCCUCGUGGGAACGGGCUGGUGUCGCUCGCGGAGCAGGCGACCGACAUCCACAAGACUGGCUAUCUCAGGAAACUCAAGACGAUGAAGAAGAAGUUCUUUGUGAUUCGACGAGAGUCCGAGGCCGGCCCGGCACGCCUGGAGUGCUACGACAGCGAGAAGAAGUGGAAGGCCGGGGCGCUGCCCAAGCGGACGGUGGUGUUGCGGCUGUGCUUCAACAUCAACCGGCGGGCAGACGCCAAGCACCGGCACGUGGUGACCCUGCACACGCGUGACGACUCGUACGCGCUGGUGGCCGAGUCGGAGGAGGACCUUGAGGCUUGGCUCACGGAGAUGCUCCGGCUCCAGCACGGGUCGCACGAGCUGGACGGGGACACCAGGCCCAAGCCCCUCUUCGAACACGUGUGGCAGGUGAACGUGAAGCCGAAGGGCCUGGGCAGCAGCCGCAACAUCACUGGCCCCCACCGGCUAUGCCUCACCGCCAAGGCCCUCACCCUGGUGAAGAUGCACACCGACGACGAGGACCCAGAGACUCUCGAGUUCCCUCUGAUGAGCAUCCGGCGGUGUGGCCACUCUGAUUGCUUCUUCUUCAUGGAGCUUGGCCGUUCUUCAGUGACCGGCUCAGGGGAGCUGUGGAUGCAUUCGGAGGACACUGUGAUUGCUCAAAACAUGCACGAGACCAUCCUAGGGGCCAUGAAGGCGUCACGGAACAGGGAGGAGCUGGGGCCCCUGUCCAGGCCACGAAGUUCGUCGACAAGCGAGAACAGCAAACCAAUCACGCACAAGCGGCCCGCCCACGGGGCCACGGCCGUCCCUCUGCCUUCUUCCAGCCGAGAUCGGUCUGACUCCAUGCCGACCUCGCGCAGCCGCAACAGCAGUGAAUGCCACACGGACUUCAGCGGGGCAUCCCGCCUACCCGCGGACUCGUCUGCGACCAGGCCCCAGAAUUCUUACGACCGGAUGCCCUCUCGCAACAACUCCCUCACGAUUGGCUCUUUCGAAAGUGCAAGCAGCACUCUUUCCAUGGAUGAGGCCGACGGCCCGACCGAAUUCUUUAGUAGAUACAGCCACUCACUGCCUGUGGACAUCAUGGCUGGACCCAAGGAACCAACCAUCAAAGAGGAAGCAGCUGUGGACGACUACCUGAUGAUGGCCUCACCAGUUUCCGGAAGCGAGUCUUCCUUCGUUCACCGUCCCACCACGCUGGGCAGUCACGCGAUGGACGCUCUCCAUCCAACGAUGAAGACGUCGGAGUCCAACGAUUACCUCAAGAUGUCCAUGUCUCCCUCCUCGUCCAUUCCUGAAGGGAACGCGGACGGCUACAUUCCGAUGAGCCCCGUGGGGUCUCUGAGCCUGAGCAGCUCGCUGGAGCGUCCGUCAGCCGACCCGGGGUACCUUCCCAUGGAGCCUCAAAGUCAGGGAGGCGGGGCCAAGCAGGGGGGUGGGGCCACGUUGGGGACCUCCCCCACCGUGGUGCACGCCAUACCCUCAUCCUCUGCUGCCGCGAUCGGACUCACCGUCGUUUCCGGGGCGUACAUGGAUAUGGCUCCCUUGUCGUCCUCGCUACCGAAGUCUGUUGGGGAUAGCUGCACAGACUUCAGCGGCAGUUGGUGCUCUGCCCACAGUUUACAGGACGUGCCAAAUUCAGCUUCACCGCUGUCUACCAGCCUAGAGGGCUUCCACCUGGACAAGGUCAAGUCCUACUUCUCUCCGUCCGAGGACGACUCGGAGGCAUACAUCAAACCUGUGCGUGCAUACUCUAUUGGGAGCAGACAGCAGGUCAGCAGCAAGAAGAACCACUUCUCAACCCACCUGGACCAGUCACGAGUGCGAGCGUACUCGGUAGGCAGUCAGGUGGCUCCGGCCGCCCUCCGGCGUCGCCGCCAAAAGGAGCAUACGGACGUGGAACUGGGCAUGCUGCGCCACAUGGACGCGCAGAUGGCCAAGAAGUCGUCGAGCGUGCCGGCACUGCCGGACGGGGCAACGCCACGUCAGUCACGGACUUCGGACUACAAUGAGGACCUGAUGGAGAUCAACUACGAUCGGAGCAGCUCCGGCAGCAACUCUGACGUCACGGCCGUGCCGCCACCCCCGAAGAAGGAGUCAACAGCAGUCGCGACAGAAAUUGCCCGGAAAUUGAGCGUUGCCGGCAGCCCGGCAGCAGUGAAGCCGUCCAAUUCCUCGGACAAGUACUACAUGUUGAUGUGCGGACCCGAGCUCGCGGAGUUCAACUCCGGUCGGGGCGGCGGUCCGGACGCCGUGACUGCGACGACACCUCCAAGGAAGGAGUCGGUCGCCGCGGAAGGUGCGCGAAAGCCAAGCACCGCCGGUAGUCCGGGGGCGACAAAGGUCGGCAAUCCGCCGGACAACGACUACGUGCUGAUGAGCGGGGCAGAGGGCGGGGAGAGCGGCCCGAGCUCGCUGAACAAGAACUACCUGUCGCACUCAUUUUCUCGCCGCGACGCGUCUGUCUUCUCGAACGGAGGGCAGCGCAAGUCCGUCGUCGAACCCGAUGCGGGGAAGGAGAACUGUCCGAAGGGGCGUGCGAGCUAUGCCGGGCUGAGCGCGGCGAGGCGAGACUCGGCGCCGUCCGUGCACGUGCUGAAGGAAGAGAACAACACGGCCGCGAGCCUCUCUCCCGGUCGAUUGUCCGACGGAGCAGGAGGCGGCAAAGUAAACUUCGACUAUGUCCCGAUCGAAAUCUCUGGCGGGAAGGGUGCAUCCUUUGUGAGGCCCUCGUCCAACGGCGCCAUUCCCAAGAGCAAGGCUAUGCCGGCGCGACCAGAGUCGCCGGAAGCGCAGCAGUUGGGAGAGUAUGUCAACCUAGACCUGAGCAAGACGUGGAAGUGGACGCAGGCGGUCAAGCCCACCGUCGCGGCAAGCAUGGACCCCAUUGGCGUAGCCUCCGGCGCAAACGGCAGUUGGGGCGGCUAUUCGACGUCCAGGGUGCACCCCACCCCGGUGUCCGGCGACGCCGGUGUGGCGUACGCGGUGACGUUGGACCCGUCCGAGCCACAGCCGCCGCCUGAAGCCAACUAUGAGAACAUCUCCCUUAGAAGCGGGGCCGCCGUCGUAGAAGCGCCGGCAGAGAGGGUCCUGAACUAUGCGUCGCUCGACCUGGCUCCGCCGAGUGGGGAGGAGGGGGCGGCGGGAGCGGUGCAGCGGUCUCCGCGGGCUGCGGCGGCGGUCGCGGAGAGUGCCGCGGAGGAAGGCGCCGGCUUCUCGUACGCGGAGAUCGACUUCACGAAGUCGGAGGGCCUGCGCAACGUGUCGGGAGCACUUAGGGAGGGGCGCCUGUAACCGCGCUUUGUGGUCUCGUCUUGCUGCCCCCGCUAGUCAAGUGUGAAGGUUUAGUUGUUCCAUUUUUUUUUGUCUUUUUCUUUUUCUGCCUUUUUGUUUUGUCUGUGGUGACGACGACAAUGGCGGCGGCGACAGAAACUUGGUAGGACAAGGUUGAAGGAAAUGAAAAGGAUCUGAACUCUGGUGUGUGAAGACGUGGCGGCGGGAUCAUUCCGGGUGGGAAAACAAGUCAUAUCACAAGGCAGGCGGGCGUACACUUGCUCACGUGGACAUUUACUAUUGCUGCCGUGCACUGUUCAUAUGGCGGGCUUUCUUAGGUUGGUUUAUUUUCUUUACCUAGGAGUUUAAUUUAAUGCAGAGAAUGUGCUUUUGUUUCCCAGUUGUGUUUGGUCCCAGCAUCUGCUUGGAGGCAGUCCAACUGCCUCCGUGUUUUUUUUUUUUUUGUUUUUUUAUGCAGAGACACGGUGUGCUAGAAGCCAUUUUUGUGUUCUGUGGUAGUGACUAAAGUGCUUUUCCGGUGUGUAUGUAUGUAUAUGUAUAUAUGCCCAUGUCUGGUCCAGGAGUGAAUUUCAUCGUGUGGGUUAAGUGUAUAUAUACAUAGAUACAUACAUGUGUUCUACUCAGUUUGUGAGUAUAAUCCUGUAAAUGAUAUGUGGGAUCGGUGGAAGCUCUGAGGGCUUUGUGGUGUAGAUAGUAAUGGGCGAGCAGCUUUUGUGCUGUCAUUUUGUUGAAUGCUGGCAGUUUUGUCCUGCUGCAUUCUUUUGUUGUCUUUUUACAGGCGUUUCUGUUGUCUUCCAGUAUUUUGUGGUUUACUGAGGCUGUAGCAAUACAUGGCCACCCUAUAUAAUUUUUCAGGCCUUAUUUGCACUCUUGCUGUCAUAUUCACUGCAUGUGGGUGCAUCUGGAAGUAAGUGUCAGAAAUCUAUAGGUAAAAGUUGUUUUCAUAGGUGCUUUUGUCAUAUCAAGGGUCACAAUAGUGGAUGUCAAAAGAAAAACUGGUACUUUUAAAGCCCUUCAAAGUUUUUUUUUUUUUUUUUUUGCAUGUACUUUAUACAGAGGAGACAUUCUCUAGUGGGCCAGAGUGAUGGGAACUUGUUUGGGGUGUGCUGUUGUGAAGGCUGUUGCACCAUGACAUUGUUUGCUGUGGAAUGUGAAAUGUUUCUGGUGCUUACCUCGGGAGAAAGAGGAGUGCUGAGGUGUGUUUUUGGAAAAGAGAGUACUCACUUUUCAUAACUGAACACCACAUAGUGGCGUUCAGUUAUGCCACGUGGUGCCCGUCGGAGCAACUCUGUUGGAAUUAUUGAAGCCGAGGUGGAAACUACUGUACCUGCAGAAUCAUGUACGCUUAUGUUUGGCGGUUGACAGCAGCAUUGGCUUCCACUGUUCUCGGUCUUUAUAUUCAUACUCCAUCUUGCAAGUUAUGUGCGGUGCUAUCAAAGGCACAGGUUCAGGAAUGUAGCUACGUAAAAUGCUUAGUAAGCAUAAACACUGUCUCCUCAAAAAAUGAAAAAAUAAGUUUUGCACAUAGCUUUUAUGUUGUGCAAAGUAGUUCUCACAAGAUUUGGUUGUCCAAGAAAGAAUCAAUGUGUUGGGCAUUUGAAACAUGCAAGUCUUGAUAAGGUAACAUAACAUAUAUUGAAUCUAAAAUUCACAUACAUAUGUCGAUUCUUCACAUAACGGGGGGUAUUAGUAAUGCCCCGCACGGAAACUGGAUUUUUACCACGGUUCUUGAGGUUAAAACAAGUAUAAAAAGAGCAGUUUCUUCAGCAACCUUCUUGCACAUGUGCCCCCUACAAUGCUGCAUACAACUUUCAAGAUUGAAGAUAGGGUAGCAUUCACUGGCCCCCUUCAGAGCCUCUUUAACAGGGUUGCUGGACGAGCUAAGCAAAGAGUGUAUGGCAAAUAGAUUUUGGCAUCGAGUUGUGUUUGAUAUGCUGUCCUACCGUACAAUGUUUUGCAAGAUAACAAAUUUCUCGAAUGGAAGUUUUGAGGAUGUACAUAUUCCGACGUACCUCCUUUGGAGGAUUCUGUGUUGAACUGAGCCACGAGUGAAGUUCGAAAGGGUGCAGAGAUUAGGUGGGAGCCAAAGUCAGGCUGGCCUUGUUUUUGUCAUGUGCAGGUGUUCAAAUUUAGAAACAAAUGUUACCGCAAAGACUACGGAUAGUCACCAAAGGUGUCUCUGGACACGUCUUGUUCAUUUUGUGUGCAGAGUUUCUUUUGAAACUGACGAAAAGCAUCUCAUGGAGCACGUUUCGGAACUGGUCGUUGAAAUGGCAGCGAAGUCUCGAGCAGUUGCCUCCCCGAGGAGAAAAGUGGUUGGGAUGCCUUGUAACAUUACGGAUUGCUCCUCUGCCUUUUCCGGUGAUGCUCCCUGCUGCAGAGUUAGUCAUUAGGAGAUACAUUUUUGUCGCUUGUGCUGCUUCUCCCAGGAGGCUGCUUCAAAGCAGUCCCCACAAUUGUGCUGUCGCUCGUGAAGGUAUCUAAAAUAAAAUGAAAUUUAAUCA